UCUAAAAAAAAAAUAAGGGAAUGAUGUUUCCUGAAAUGCUUUCAAAAUAACUACUGUAGAGUGGUAACUAAAAUUUAUUAAAUUAUUUGAUAUUAUAUGUCUAAAUUAUGCCUCGUAAAUCGCAAAAAGUUUCCAAUAGAAGCCUUUCUCAAACUCAAAAAAAUCCACGUUCUCAAAAUGUCGGUAAUGUUAGUCUUAACCAAGAUGAUCAAGUAAAUGACUUGGUGAGAUAUUUUGUAAAUAGGGCUGGAGAACAAGUUAUUUUUAAAAGAACUGACUUGAAGAAAAAUGUUUUACCAAAAUCUGGACAAUAUUUUCAAGAUAUACUUAACAGAGCUGUUAAAAUAUUAGAACAGGUUUAUGGGUACAAAGUGAUAGUAAUAGAUGCAAAACAAAAUUCAACAAAAGGUUAUAUAAUUACAAAUGCUUUGGCAUAUAAAUCUGACCCAACAGAAAAAGUGAUUCCAGGAUCAUAUCCUGACGAUGUUCACAAAAUUCUUAUUUUACUUAUUUUAUCACAUAUUUUUAUGAGUAACAAUUUAGUGAGUGAUCAAUCUUUAUAUGCAUUUUUAAAAACAUUUGGGUUAGAUGUUGAAACUCGACACGAAAUUUUUGGUAGCAUUAAAGAUUUUAUAACAAAUUUAAAAAGUAAAAAAUACAUAGAAAUGGAAAUUGACCAGAUAUCGAAGAAAGCUUCGAUAUCUUGGGGAAGUAGAGCGGAAAAAGAAAUAUCCAAACAUGAAAUUUUGAAGUUCGUAUGUAAAAUGUACAAAACUACUACGCCAAAUUCUUGGAUUAAUCAGUACAAAUCUGCAAAUGAGCAACAUUUUGAAAACGAAAAUGGCGUAGAAGAUACAUCUACACAAAACACUCAGGAAGAAUAAUAAUUAUUAAUAAAAUGACUUGUAUAAUGUAUUUUUUAUAUAUUUUUAAUAAAUUAUACAAUUUGACAGUU